AUGUCCGGACUACAAUACUAUGCAUAUCCCACAGCGGGCGAAGAAAAACUCAAGCAGCAUGGUUACAGCCAAGCCGUUCGAGUAGGCGAUCGUAUUGAGUGCGCGGGCCAAGGUGCGCGGCUGGGAUCCCCACAGCAACCUCUACCCCCCACCCUUACCCAGCAAAUCGACCAAGCCUUUUCCAACGUACAGCUCAACCUCCAGCACGCCGGUGGUCUCGGCUGGAGCCAAGUCUUCCGGGUGAAUUCGUACCACGUGGAUAUGAGCGACGACGCGCUCGCGGCCAUGACGCGGAACUUCAAAAAGUGGAUGCCGCACCAUGCGCCUAUCUGGACGUGCGUGGGAGUAGAGAGGUUGGGGGAUCAGGAGAUGAAGGUUGAGAUUGAGGUGGUGGCGUUGGAUGGGGAGGGGGCGGAGAGGGCGAGGGAGGCGAGGGAGGGGGGAAGAGGUGAGGGGAAGGAAAAGGGGGAGGGAUGA